CCCCCAUCUUUCCCAGUGAGAUUCUGAAAGCUCUGUUUCUCAGAGAGCCAUCAAGAAAUUAUAAAUUAAGUAUUCAUUGCUCGUUAUUGCAUGAGAAUUGCGGUUGGGUUUCAAGCUCAUUCAACAAUGGCGAAGGGUAGAUAUGGUCGGUUGCAGAGCAAAAAAUGGUCGACGUUCACGCUCGUCUUGUCGAUGCUAUUCAUGCUAAUAGUGGUGCUGCUGAUGCUUCUGGCUUUUGGAAUCGUUUCCCUUCCGGUUAUCACCGACGAAUCUUCACCUAACGAUCUCAGUUCCUUUAGGCGCGGGACCGUUGAGAGAACCGAUGGAUUCGGGGAUAGAGAAGAUCAGUGGACAGAAGUGAUUUCUUGGGAGCCCAGAGCUUUCAUAUAUCACAAUUUCUUGUCCAAGGACGAAUGUGACUACUUAAUAAAUCUUGCUAAACCUGAAAUGGUAAAGUCAACUGUUGUCGAUAGCAAGACUGGGAAGAGCAAAGAUAGUAGGGUGCGGACAAGCUCUGGAAUGUUUCUGAAGAGGGGACGUGAUAAAAUAGUUAGCGAUAUUGAGAAGAGAAUAGCAGACUUCACUUUCAUUCCUGUAGAGCAUGGAGAAGGACUUCAGAUUCUCCACUAUGAAGUUGGACAGAAAUAUGAUGCACAUUUUGAUUACUUCCUUGAUGAGUUCAACACCAAGAAUGGGGGCCAACGGAUUGCCACUCUUCUGAUGUAUCUGUCAGAUGUUGAAGAAGGCGGUGAGACAGUGUUUCCUGCUGCAAAGGGGAGUUUCAAUUCUGUGCGAUGGUGGAAUGAAUUAUCUGAAUGUGGUAAACAGGGACUUUCGGUGAAACCUAAAAUGGGUGAUGCAUUACUUUUCUGGAGCAUGAGGCCUGAUGCUAGUCUAGACCCAACAAGUUUGCAUGGUGGAUGCCCUGUGAUAAGGGGUAACAAGUGGUCAUCUACGAAGUGGAUGCAUAUUGAAGAGUACAAAGUCUAAGGCAUUAUAUUUGGCCGGAUAUGGGGAGAGAGUUGUGUCGAUGCAGGCGGUUUGGAGAUCUAGAAAAACUGACAAAUGAAACGCAGCCAGACGCACUACUGUUAGAAUGGUCUAACCCCACAUUCUCUUGAUUUGCUGGUCUAACCAGCACUCAGUUUAGGGGUUGUCCUUCCGCAACUGAUAUCAUUGAGAGAACAGUGUAAGUUAACAAAAUAAUAGUAUUUUAUACCAUUGAGAGAACACAGAAAGUUGCCCAAAUAACGAUUUUUUAUUGGGCGGAAAGAUAUAGUUACAAAUUGUUUUGAACCUUUA